AGUUUAGGCUGCGUGCGUGCGCGUUGCUUUGUGGUCGCCUCUCUAGAACCAUGGACUGGCCUGCCUUUGUGCCGGUCACGGGGUCGACAGGCACUGCAACCUCGUCAAGCAGGCCGCUGCGGCGCCGGGCGAAGACGCCUUGGCGGCCCGAGGAGCCAGCUGGCCUCGCCCCAUUGCGCUUUGUGGCAGGCGCGUCUGCCGCAGCGGCAGUGCUGCGGAGGCGGCCGGUGCUACAGGCGGAGGCGAAGGUGAAGGAAGCGAAGGUGGCAACCAAGAGUUGGUUGCGGGCGCCCCCGCCCUGGGCGGUGGCGCUGCUGGGAUUCGCCAUGGUGUUGCUACACAGAGUGGCCCUCAAGGAGUUCAAGUCGGCCGGCGCAGCAAUGCCUCCGCCCCGCUUCACCGUGUUCCUGCACGCGGCGAUUUUUCUCAUCGCGAGUCAAGUCAUGCCGCCCACCAAGUUCCCCAAGGAGCAGAAUGUCAAGGUCAUUCUGCUGGUGGGCGUUGUGGAGCUUCUCGGCUGGGUGGCCUUGCAGCAAGUUGCCACGGCCGGAAGGCGUCUCGGCGGCUCUCCUGUCUGGGGUGUCCUUGUUGGUGACGCUGCUGGCGGCCCGUUUUUUGCUGCGGAGCCGUGUGAAGCGCACUGCCUGGCUGGGCGCCGCGAUCGUGGCACUGGGCGUUGGCGCCGCUGGGCCGGUGAAGGCGUUGUCGUCCCUGCAUCCAGGCCUCCAACAGGCAGCACUGCUCUGCUCAGCCCUCUCCUUUUCUGGCCUGGCGCUCACUGGAAAGGAGGUCCUCUUCUCCGGGCGAGCUCCGCUCUCUGUGGCAUCGGUGGCUUGCCUGGCCUCGUGCGCGCAACUCCUGGCCCUCGCGCUGCCGGAGAUCCUGUCGCUGAAGAGCUUCCCGGGGAGCCUGGAGGUGGCACAGAUCAUCGUCGGCCCUGCGCCGAGGAUAGCAGCUCUGCCGGUUGCGGCCUACAUUUACAUUUUGGGGAGCGCCGUCUUGCGCUUGACCUUCACCUGGGCCCUGCGCAGCGCCAACGCCCCCACGGUGCAGCUGGUGAAUGCUGUUGCCGUGCCCUUCGGCUCUGCUGUGCUGAUGCUGCUCUCGUCGGGGCGGGCGCAGAUCAGCGGGCAAACCCUGAUGGCGCUUGGGCUUUGCACGCUGGGCAGCGUGGUCUUCUUCCUGCGAGAGGGGCCGCUGGUGAAGACCUCGGAGCUCUUCGGCGCGAGCCUCACGGAAGAGCAGAUCAAGUUGGAAGAGGCGUGGAAGAAAGAGAAGGAGGAGCAGGCAAAGAAGUCACAAGAAGAGCGAAAGCAGAAGGAGGAGGGGAGAAGAGGAAGGCCCAAGAGCUGCAAGCGAAGCAGCGCCAGGAGCGAGAAGGGCAGCUGCGCAAGGAGAGGGAGCAGAAGCAGAAGCAGAAGGAGGACGAGCAAAAAAGAAAGGAAGAGGAGCGUCAAAGAGUGGCAGCUGAGAAGAAGCGGUUAAAGGAGGAGGCACGAGCAAUCAGAGAGGAGGAAAAGAGAAAAGCGGAAGAAGAGCGCAGAAAGAAGCAAGAGGAGUAUGAAGCAAAGAAGCUGGAAGAGCAGAAGCAAGCGAUUGCAGCAAAGAAACGCAAGGAGGAGGAGAAGAAGCAGAAGGAGGAGGAGGCGAGGUUGCAGAAGGAAGCAGAGAAAGAGGCGGGCGCCAAGAAAAAGCAGCAAGAGCAAGAGGCUGCAGCAGUAGCAGCGCAGCAGAAGCAACAAGAAGAAGCCCGGAAGAAAGAAGAGAAGCAAAGGAAGGAGGCAGAGGCGAAGGCCGAAGCAGAGGCAAAGAAAGCCGAGGCUAAGAAAGCUGAGGCAAAGAAAGCCGAGGCAAACGGAGCGCAGGAGUUGAGGGCGGAAGAACGGCGCAAGGAAGAGCAAGAGGAGGAAGCCAGGCUGAAGGCAGAGGAGCAAGCGCAGAGUGAAGAGUUCCGCAAGCGCAGAGAGGCAGAAGCGCGCAAGCAACAAGAGGAGGAGGCAGCACGCAAGCGGCAGGAGGAAGAAGUGGCACGCAAGCGGCAGGAGGAAGAGGAGGCGCGCAAGCAACAAGAGGCAGAGCGCAAGCGACAGGAGGAGGAAGUGAAGCGGCAGCAGGAAGAAGAGCGCAAGCAAAAGGAGCUGGAAGAGCAGGCUCGUGAAGAGGAGCGCAAACGCAAGGAGACAGAGGAAGGAGAGAGAACGCGUCAAGAGGGGAAGGAGGAAAGAAUAGAAGAGGAAGUGACAGCCCAAAGUGGCGAGGCUGACGAAAAGGAGAAGCAGAAGCGGUACUCGCGAUUAAGCUUCAAGUGGAAGGUGCAAGAUGAGAUGCGUUGGGGGCAGGAGGCGGCCCGAAUCAAGCAACAGCUGAUGGAGAGGGAGCGUGAGCUGGAGGCGUUGCGGAAAUCCAAGGAAGAAGACGACAGGAGAUGGGCGGAACUCCAAGAGGAGGCCAAGCAGAUCGAGGCUCAGAAGGCUAAGGUGACUCCGGUCAGGACGGGCACUGCCGGCUGAUUGAGCCGAUGGUUGGCUUGCUUUCACCCAGCUUGAGCCUCCAAUGGAGGUCUGUUGGCAACUCAAGCGCAGCGUUAUGAGGGAUGCUCUCUUACAAGGGGGCGGCUUAUUCAGCGCCAUCCCCAUGCUUUCUUCUUCUUUUUUUUUUUGGGGG